GGGGGGUGGGCGAGGGUUGGGAGCAGAAUGGGGCUCCUGGGGGCUGAGUCAGGGUGAGCAAACCAUGGUCCUGCCCUGGGACUCCUGACCCUGCUGCCUCCACCUCCUCCAUCUGCCAGCAGCACCGAAACCUUGCAGUACAGGCAGCUUUAGCACUUCCUGACCCAGCAGAGGAAGUGGCAGCACCAUUCCCGGAGCUCCCGGCGUUCCUCUCUCCCAUAAACUAAUUUUCCCCUAAAUUCUCCAAGCUUAGACAUGGCCCCAAAUAACUGUAGCUGCGGGGGAUGGUCACUGAAUUGUCCUGGCCAUUUGUUCCUCACAUGUGAUUGAUGUCCAGGGCCGCUGUGACAUGUGCCCAGGGACUGCAGGACUGCCCUAUUGGGACCUACUGCAGUGGCACUGCAUGGGGAAAGCAGAGAUGCUCAAAGCAGGGUGAGGACACAUCCCCAUGACCCCAAGGACCCAUCUCUGUGCAGGGCAGGAGCACAUCCCCAGUGCCCCAGUGCCACCACGUUUCCACGUGGUUCCUUUGCUGUUCCCUGCACCCCGUUCCCAGGCUGUUGCCUCUCCCCCAGGCUCCCUCCCCUCUCACCAGCCUGUGCCGCCUGUUCUUGGCUGCUUCUCAGCCUCGCAGAGCCUCUGCUGCAAAUCCCACUGCGCCUUUCUCUGCCCCUUGGACUCCUUAACUGCAGCCAUGGCAGAGGGAGAGGAUCUGACACUUGGCAGGAGUGAGCAGGGCAUCCUCAUGCAAGAUCCACACCCUCCUGACUCCUGUCCUGGGAAGAGGAUAUUGCUCUUAAAUUCUCUCCUGGGUGUCUUUCUGGAUAAGGGGGACGUGGCCACGCUUGGGCUGCCCUCCACCACCGGCCACGGUGACACCGACGGCCCCAUCUGCCUGGACGUCCCCGAUGGCACUCCAGACCCCCACAGGACCAAGGCAGCCAUCGAGCACCUGCACCAAAAGAUCCUCAAGAUCACAGAGCAGAUCAAGAUCGAGCAGGAAGCUCGUGACGACAACGUGGCCGAGUACCUGAAGCUGGCCAACAACGCGGACAAGCAGCAGGCGUCGCGCAUCAAGCAGGUCUUUGAGAAGAAGAACCAGAAAUCGGCGCAGACCAUCGCGCAGCUGCACAAGAAGCUCGAGCACUACCACAAAAAGCUGAAGGAGAUCGAGCAAAACGGCCCAUCCCGACAGCCCAAAGAUGUCUUCCGGGACAUGCACCAAGGUCUCAAGGACGUCGGGGCAAACGUCCGUUCCAGCAUCAGUGGAUUUGGUGGUGGCGUGGUGGAGGGUGUCAAAGGAGGGCUCUCAGGGCUGUCUCAGGCCACCCACACCGCAGUGGUGUCCAAGCCUCGGGAAUUUGCCAGCUUAAUCCGCAAUAAAUUCGGCAGCGCAGACAACAUCGCCCACCUGAAGGACACGUUGGAUGAUGGACACCCCGAGGAGGCCUCGCGGGCGCUCAGCGGUAGUGCCACGUUGGUUUCCAGCCCCAAGUAUGGCAGUGAUGAUGAGUGCUCCAGUGCCACCUCGGGGUCAGCUGGUGGCAGCAAUUCUGGGGCCGGUCCCGGUGGGUUGGGAAGCCCCAAAUCCAACACGUUGGAAGGCCAUCACAGCAAUUUUGACACCAUCCUGGAGGAGCUGCGGGAGAUCAAGGACAGCCAGUCGCACCUGGAGGACUCCAUGGAGGACCUCAAGGCACAGCUGCAGCGGGAUUACACCUACAUGACGCAGUGUUUGCAAGAGGAACGCUACAGGUAUGAACGCCUGGAGGAGCAGCUGAACGACCUCACUGAGCUGCACCAGAAUGAAAUGACCAACCUGAAACAGGAGCUGGCGAGCAUGGAGGAAAAGGUGGCCUACCAGUCCUAUGAGAGGGCACGGGACAUCCAGGAAGCAGUGGAAUCCUGCCUGACGCGGGUGACCAAGCUGGAGCUUCAGCAGCAGCAACAGCAAGUGGUGCAGCUGGAAGGAGUGGAGAACGCCAACGCCCGGGCACUGCUGGGCAAAUUCAUCAAUGUCAUCCUGGCUCUGAUGGCCGUGCUGCUCGUCUUCGUCUCCACCAUCGCCAACUUCAUCACACCGCUUAUGAAGACCCGCAUGCGCAUCCUCAGCACCGCCCUGCUCGUCCUCUUCCUUUUCUUCCUCUGGAAACACUGGGACUCCAUCACCUACUUUCUGGAGCACGUCCUGCUCCCCAGCUGAUCCGCAGCACAGGGGUUUUUUCCAUUUCCCAAUGGAGGAGUGAGCGGGAAGGGACGGCGCUCUGGAGCCUUUGGUCAUUUCUUUGUGCACUCUUUGGUUGCUUUCCUGGCCCUCAGUCAGCUGCGGUCGCUCGGAGCACGGUGAAGUCGGUCCUGUGGGAUGCUCAGGGUGGGGGAGUUUGGGAUGAAAUUGGUAAUGUAAGCGGUGUUGGGUUUUUCUAGGGGGAGAGUUUGGAUGGUUUUUUUUUAUUUGUUUGUUUUUAAACGUUGCUCUGUUCUGAAAGUCAGUAGGAAGGUCUGCAGAGCCCACCUCAGGGUUGUUGGUAGAGAGGAUUGAGCUGGAGCAAACCCAGCUCUGGGAGAAGUUCCUGUACAGAGAGGAGUCACCAGGGCUGGCUUUUCCCUUUCAAUCUGAAAGACGGCAAAAAGAUGGAGCUGAAGCAAAGCACGUGGCAAAGGAGGAAGCAGGUCCAAGGCAAGCAUCACUGCUCCCAGCGAGCUCACAGCAGGACACACGUCUCACCAGCUUCUCCAACCCCAUCACCAGGACCAGGGGCAGAGCAGGGCUGCGGUGCCAUCCCCACGCAGACCCAACGCCACAAACAGCAUCAGCACCGGCACCCAACGAGACCCCCCUCUAUUGGUUUCCCCUCAUUUAUUUAUUGCCCCUUCCUUUGGCUUCAAUUGAUCUGAUCUCUUCAGGGACACCCAGACUUCCCAGCAUCACGCCACUGAGUUUUCCAGCCUCUGCAAUGUGUUGUGUGUGCGUGUGUGUGUGCGGUUUUUAAGUUAAUUCAAGACUCUUGUUUCCAUUUGUGAAUCAAAGCUGGUAGCGCCAGGGGAGGUGGGCAGCCGCCUCCCCAGCCCUACACAAGAGCACAGCAUGCAGUCUUGGAUGUUUCUUAAAUUAUUUCAUACCUA